AAAGGUAAAAGGUCAGUCUAUGUAGCGUGUCAGCAGGCUGUGUCACCGGUGUUGUCUCAUUCGCCGGUUAUAGCUAGUAGUUCCCCCUUCGAUUUACUUUUAAUACAUCUUAUUAAAAAGCAAACGCAUAAAAUGUCCAGAAAAAGGAGAGAAAGAAGCGAUAUGGACGGGUUGUCCCCGAAUCAGGACGAGGUGAAGUCUAACGACAGUGACUCACAGCUUUUGAAAGCUCAAGAAAGAGAAGGAGGCUCAGCACGCAUGUCUCUUCUUAUUUUGGUGUCAAUUUUUGCCUGUUCUGCAUCAGUCAUGUACCUGGUCUACAAGAACUUCCCAGAGCUUCCAGACGAUGAAAUGGAGAAAAUCAAGAUUCCUAAAGACAUGGAUGAUGCCAAAGCAUUGGGAACUGUGUUGUCCAAAUACAAAGACACAUACUACACCCAGGUGUUGGUGGCUUACUUUGCUACCUAUGUUUUCCUCCAGACGUUUGCAAUCCCUGGAUCAAUCUUCCUCAGCAUCCUGUCGGGCUACCUUUACCCUUUCCCUUUGGCUCUUUUCUUGGUCUGUUUGUGCUCGGGCCUCGGAGCUUCCUUCUGCUACAUGCUGUCUUAUCUGGUGGGCAGACCUGUCGUCUACAAAUAUCUCACUGAAAAAGUACAGAAAUGGUCCCAGCAGGUUGACAAACAUAGAGAUCAUUUAAUCAAUUACAUCAUCUUCCUGAGAAUAACUCCCUUUCUACCCAACUGGUUCAUCAACAUCACCUCACCUGUCAUCAAUGUGCCUUUGGGGAUUUUCUUCAUCGGCACCUUUCUUGGAGUGGCCCCGCCGUCCUUUGUAGCCAUCAAUGCAGGUACAACGCUGUACAAACUGACCACGGCCGGCGAGGCAGUGUCCUGGAACUCCCUGGCUGUGCUCGGCGUGCUCGCCGUCCUCUCCAUCUUGCCCGUCUGCUUCCAGAAAAAGCUGCAGCAGAAACUGGAGUAGAGCAGAACUCUGCGCCUCAUCUGCCGGCUGACGCCAUCGUCCGUCUUCCUCGGCUCAGGAACACGCAGCUGUCGCUAAAUCCGCUCGGUCAGUGUCCUGCACCGGUUCUGGUGGACCCGUCUGUGGGGUAGAGGUGUGGUUGUCUGUAAACAACAUGCAUGGCGUGGUGGGUUGUUUGUUGUAUUAAAGUUUAAACCGUCUGCUUUUAGACAUUUUUUUUUCUGUAUUUUGUGUCAAAUGCUACUGAAUGUGGCUCUAAAUGUAAAUGAAAAAAAGUUUGUUUUGUUUUAAGGCACUUCUAAUCAGUGUAUUUCUUUCUUAAGAGACUUAAAGGUGCUAUUUAGUUGGAUUUAUUUAUUUUUGGUGUCCUGGACAUUUUUACAAAAGCUGUUUUUUUUACAGGGAAGCAGUGUUUUACGUUUCGAAAAAAGACCUGCUGUAACAGGGUGAGCUGUAUUUUUGCUGACGUCAGAUUUUCUUCAUGUACUUGGACAUGGAGAAAACGCUUUAUCUGUAACAUAUCAGUAAUUCUAUCCUCUUGGUAGCACCUUUACCUCUCAUCCCCUUUUGUUUUCUUUGUUUGUUUUCAUCUCAUUUCAAUUUUGUAAAUUUAAGUAGCACAGCAAUAAACCUUUCGUCCUUUUUACCUUUUUUUUAAUUUCAUACUCUGAUUGGGUGGACAUUACCAUGGCAAUGAUUCCUGGGAAUUGAAACUGUAUUUUUAAAAUUGGAUUUAGUUCCUGUUUAAAUUGAACUUUUUUUUAAUGUUUUCAUUAAAGCACUUUACAACGUGCUUCAGUAGGUUGUAAGGAGACCGUUCUUCUGCUGCAAUAUCUUCAGAGAGAAACUAAAGGCGUCUCUGUUCUCUGGCUAACAUUAGUCAUAAAAUGUGAGGGUAUGCUUUUUCAACCGCUUGCCUACAGCUAAAUAAAUACAAAAAACAGUUCAAUAGAGCGAGCUUGAAUCUCGCUGCUUGGUUACAGUAAUAUCAUGUUACUUCUGUAUUCAUACCAUACUUGCAGUGUAUUUAAUUCUACUUUUUUAAUGGGUCUUCAAGCUUUGAAAAUCUUUUUAAUAUUGUCCAUUCAUACUCAAUAGGCCUUGCUAUGAAUGGAAAUAAAUAUUCCUAAAAAUACAGGAACCUCGAUUUGUUUUGAUAAGCUUUUUUUUUUGUCUUUCAAGAGCAUGUUCAGCCUCUGUCUGCUCUUUUAGAAAAAAAGACUGUCCACUUUUACAGUAAUGUCUUUGAACAAAUUCCCAAUAUGCUAUUUUUGCGCUUAUUUAACAGAAACUGACUGACAUUUCUUCCUAAUUUAACUUCUACCUAAAAUUAAACAGUUAUUUUUAUUUUAUUUUGCUUUCCAGUAACCAGUUACCAGUUUUUGCAAAUUGCUGCACAGUGGAGCAGUGGUUAGCGCUCUUGCCUCACAGCUAGAAAGCCCUCACCCAUCCGGGGCGACCUUUCUGUGUUUGCGUGUUCUCCCCGUGUAUGCAGGGGUUUUCUCCAGGGACUCCGGCUUUCUCCCACCGUCCAAAAACAUGCUUCAUAGGUGAAUUGGUUACUCUAAAUUCUCCCUAGGUGUGAGUGUGUAUGGGUGUGUGAUUGUGGCCCUGUGACAGACUGGCGACAUGUCCAGGGUGUCCCCUGCCUUUUCCCACGGGUGGCCGGGAUAGGCCACGUAGAAGAUGAAUGAGUUUUAGCCUGAUUUCAUUGUCUCCAUAAAUAUAUAUUCAAGCUAAAUGUAUGUUUAUUUGUCUGACUAAAUCAAAAAUGUGAGAAUGUUGAUAUCACCCUCUGCUAAUGUUUGAAGAAGACUUAAUUCUGUACUGAAUGUGGGGCAUCUUAGUGGUGAGUUUACAGACUACUCAUUUCUAUCCUGCCUCAUCUUUUUAUUAUUUAUUAAUAAAAUUCUAUUUCCAGAAUACAGUUGA